AUGACAGAAGAGCAAGAUCUCCUUGCAAAGAUCAGCCAGCUUGCUGGCAAGAUCAACCAGCACAAAAACCGAGCUUCGCAAGCACAGAGUCAGCAUCCAAAUGCCUCAUAUUAUAACACACGAUACCAGCGUGGUGGCUGGGCACCGUAUCGUGUCAGAGGGCCUCAGCGACGUCCCGUAACUCAUCGCAAUCGGACUCUCGUCCUUAACAAUCCCCAGGCUCCUGCAGCGGAUAAGGCUAACUUGACUGGUAACUCCGGCGACCAUGACGGUGAGGUCAAGCCGGGAGGCUCAAAUGGGUGGGUUGCGAAACGCGAUCGCCAUAUACAGCUGAUCAACUCUGCCAUCUACAAUAAGGAAGCGCAGGCGAGAACUAAGGCAAUCGCGGAGACACAAAGGCUCAAGGCCGAGAGACGAGCUAAGGCCGAGGAAGCCAAGGUCAUGAGAUACGUGCAUGGAAACGGACGGCAACUUCCUAGUGCUGUUCCAGCCCAGGCUGCUGGGACCUCCCAACGACCAACGUCUUACCAGAUUAUGGUGAAUGAUAUUCCCUUCCAGGUUGCACGAGGUGGAAGCAAAUUGAUCAGGAUAUCCAGUGCGAAACUCACCCCCCAGGAAAUGCGUUCGAGAGCUGGCUUACCCAUGUUAGAUGACCCAUCAACCGCAAAUGCUACCCCGAAGAGAGUGACCAUUGGCGGCGUCACAUUCGUUCGAACUUGCCCCUACAUCCACAAUCCCGACAAAGUUGCCAUUUGCAAGGACUUCCUUCAGAUCGGUAAAUGCCAUGCUGGAGAGAGCUGUGAUCUCUCGCACGAACCGUCACCUCAUAGAUCCCCAGUUUGCGUACACUUUCUCCGAGGACGUUGUUCGAAUCCGGAAUGCCGCUAUGCUCAUGUUCGUGUAACCCCGGGCGCGCCUGUCUGUCGGGCAUUUGCAGUCCUGGGAUACUGUGAAAAAGGUGCAGAAUGCGAGGAGCGGCACGUUUACGAGUGUCCGGAUUAUGCCAACACAGGAACCUGCAACAAGAGGAAAUGCCAUUUACCCCAUGUUGACAGGGCCGGGCAGAUUCGGAAGAAUGCUGCUAACAGAGCAGAAUCCCCCACUCCCGAUGGAGAGGAAGACGUCUCUAGUGAUGAAGAGGAGUAUGACGAGAUCGAUUCUGAUGACGUCGACUCCGAUGAGCUUGACGAUGAUCCCGUGGAAGUCAUCGAGGGCGGUGCUGAGGAUAGCGAGCUCUCGGGACAGAAGGAUUUUGUCCGUUUCUAG